CUCACUCUGUAGACCAGGCUGGCCUCGAACUCAGAAAUCCACCUGCCUCUGCCUUCCGAGUGCUGGGAUCAGCUGCAUUUUAACAUGGGUCUGGUGUUACUUUGGAAUGGUCCACUCAUAUGAGCUGCCUAUGAGUCAACUUGUUACACUAGACUUGAGAUCAGGGCGUCUCUGCAGCCUCAGCACCCCAGCACCUACACCGUACUGGUAUGUAGAUAUUUCCAGCAAUGACUUCCAAACCCUGGUCCUUGUAACCAAGACUGUCUACUGGCUUUGGUUUCUACUGUAUUUUCUAUUCAAGCAUUAGGGCUUCUACAGAAAGUGUCUGGCUUUUGGGGUGUCCCAGAAUCCUAGUCUGCUAGUCUUAGUAGCCACAUGAAUAGGCAGCUGGUGGCCCGGAUAACCGAUGCUGCCCGGAGAUAGGUGUGGCCUGCUUAUGUCUCAUGGGAUGAGGGCUGAGCUGGAGCAUUUAAAUUAGGAUUCGUGUGUGAGUCUAGAGUCAGGUAGCAGGGCAAGAACUGGAGACACAAUGGCAGGAUGCAAGGUGCUGAGAAACCACGCCUACCACAGGUCACAAGGAUAUUCCACACUCCUGUCCUUGAACUGAAGCCCUAGGCUCCACCUGUUGUGCCUCCCGCCACCAGGGCACUUAAUGCCAUUUGUUGGGUAGUUUCAAAAUGCUUGACUUUUUCAAAGGGAAAUUGGACUUGGGAGCUGGAGACGUGGGGCCGAGUGGGGAGCAGGAGAGGAGAAAGGCCACGUGACUAAGGCCGCGUGACUAGAUGAGGGUCAGGCUCCUCUCAGCAGUCAAACUGAUGAGGCCAAUUUAGUCCACAAUCUCCCAAAGCCCACGAAAAUAGAAACAACUGAUGGACUGGGCUCUCUCUCUUUGACCUAGGCUCUGGUGAAGUACGAACUCUGACCUGGUCUUCAUUGCCUCUCUCUGUCCUCAGUCCCUGGAAGGAGACUGUAGACCUGCCCCUUCCUCCCAGAAUGAUCUCAAUGGCUUCUUGGCAGCUGCUGCUUCUCCUCUGUGUCGCCACCUAUGGGGAGCCGCUGGCAAAAGUGAAGCCUGGAUCCACAGGCCAGCAGUCCGGACCCCAGGAACUCGUUAAUGCCUGGGAAAAGGAAUCGCGGUAUGCAGAGAGCAAGCCUGGGUCUGCAGGGCUGCGCGCUCGUAGGUCGUCGCCAUGCCCGCCGGUUGAGGGCCCCGCGGGGCGCCAGCGGCCCCUGUGUGCCUCCCGCAGUCGCCUGAUCCCUGCGCCCCGCGGAGCGGUGCUGGUGCAGCGGGAGAAGGACCUGUCCACCUACAACUGGAACUCCUUCGGCCUGCGCUACGGCAGGAGGCAGGCGGCGCGGGCAGCACGGGGCUGAGUGCUGGGCUGCAGGUGGAUUGUAGAGGCCAAGGCAGGGAGCUUCUAGACUUGUGCAAUAAAAGCAAUGCUGCCGUC